GAUCAUUAGCUCGGGAACGGUGGCAACGCAAACAACACACGAUCGUCGGCAGCGCACAGCUCGAAACUCGAAACUCGCCUCGAAUCGAAUAUCUUGAAAACCUGAAAAAUCAGGCACGCGGUUCGCGGCUGUAUCUAUCUUCCAUCAUCUGAUCCAUUCAAUAGAAAUCCUCAACGUGAUCCUAAUUUAAGUGAGCCUUAAGUGUUAUCCAAGUUCGUGAUUUGGGUUUAUUCCAAAUUAAACUUCAAAUUCAAUACUGACUCAUCUGUAAACGGAGUUUUUCCACUGGAUUAUAUCGAGAACGCCGAAUUACGGCGCGGAUCAGUUUUUCAAAUAUCUGACAUGACCACAUCGCACAUCUUGUCCGCCGUGGAUCCAACAACCGGACUCAGUGGCAAUGUGUCGGGAGGAGGUGGUGGCACUGGUGGCAGUGGUUCACCGCAGCAUGUGACCCACAAUGGACAUGGUCAUGGAUUGGGAGGCGUGGUGGCGGUGACAACGGGCGGUGCUAGCAUAUCUGGUAAUGGUGGCCAUCGAGUGGUCGGCGGAGCAGGCAGUCCCAACGAACUGGAUCGUAAUCUGCGCAUCUCAUUGGACGAUCGAGAACUUUGGCUGCGAUUCCAGAAUCUCACCAACGAGAUGAUCGUCACCAAGAACGGCAGGCGCAUGUUCCCCGUUGUGAAGAUCAGUGCCUCGGGCCUGGAUCCCGCCGCCAUGUACACCGUCCUCCUGGAGUUCGUACAAAUCGAUUCACAUCGCUGGAAGUACGUCAACGGUGAAUGGGUUCCUGGUGGCAAAGCGGAGGUUCCCCCGUCAAACCCCAUCUACGUACAUCCCGAGUCUCCCAAUUUUGGGGCCCACUGGAUGAAGGAGCCCAUCUCGUUCGCCAAAGUAAAGCUAACCAAUAAGACCAAUGGCAAUGGACAGAUAAUGCUAAACUCCUUGCACAAGUAUGAGCCACGUGUCCAUUUAGUUCGUGUGGGCUCCGAGCAGCGACAUGUGGUUACAUAUCCAUUUCCGGAAACCCAGUUUAUUGCAGUGACGGCCUAUCAAAACGAAGAGGUGACCUCGCUGAAAAUCAAGUAUAAUCCAUUUGCAAAGGCCUUUCUCGAUGCCAAAGAGCGACCGGAUACGCUAUAUCCACACGACACCCAUUACGGCUGGCUGAUCCCUCCGCCCACACAUUACACGGCUGCAGCUGCUGCUGUGGCUGCUCCACCGCUGUCUAUCGCCCAGAGUCACGGAUUGGUGGCUUCCUGUCCCAGUGUUUCGUCAGCUGGAUCUGUGGGUUCCUCCACAGGCGUCACAUGCGAUCGCUACGGAAGAUCCCUAUCCGGACGCAGUGCCGCGUCCACUCGCACAACACCGUACAGUCGGCCCAGGGUAGUAUCCGGAUCAGGAUCAAAUGGAAGUGCCGGCAAUGCUUCAUCCACGUCGCCCCAACCUCCGUCGGCCCCGCAGACACCGACCAGCCUGCACUCCUCGUCUACUGGAUCCGUUAGCACCAGUGUAAGCAGCUCUAGUACCGGCGGUAUCGGAGCAGCAGCAAGUGCCGGAUGCUUCAGCAGUUCCUAUGCCCAGUCCGGUUUUAUGCCGGUCGAAGCCAGUCCCACGGCCUCCGUAUUCUCGUAUCCAAGCAGCUGGCAGAGCAACGGCAAUUACUGGAACGCCACCAGUGUACCGGGUCCAAUGCCCAUGAACGUGUGCAGUGGCCGCAAUAUCUCCUCCCACAACUCGCCGUCGCCCACGAACGGAUCCCCGAGCUAUACGACUUCCUCGCCCAGCUACACCAUCCACCACCUGACGCCGCACAGUCACCAGUACAACAUGGCACAAACAGACAUCUACGGAACCGGAGUGGCUGUUGGGGGCGGGGCCGGAACAUCGGGAUCCCCUCAAGCUGCAUACGGAGCAGCUGCUCACCAGGUGUACCAUCCAACGCCCACCUCGCCCACUCACCAGCUGUACACAAAUGCUGUUCUAAAUGCGCCCUCGGCCCUGAGUUAUCCCGCCAGUGGUUGGCAUAACGGAUCUGGGGCAGAGUAUGGACUAUACCAGAACGCGGCCGCUGCUUACUAUCAGCCGGAGUACAUUCCACUGGAGAUCGGCUAUACCACUCAUCCGUUGGAACCUGUGGAAGUAUCGAAGUCGCUGGACGAUCCACAGGCCGCCAUGUACAAGCCAAGCGACGAGCAGGGCUCGGUCAUUACUCUGGAGUGUGCCAGUUCCUCCCUUAAGAGCUCUCACGAUGGCAUAAAGAUCGAGUCCUCAUCUCUGGAGCACUCUGUGGACCGGAGCACUGUUACCGGUGGAGCUGCAGUGGUCUCAGUGCCCACUGCUGUGGUAAAUGGUACCCCGGGCGUAAGUGCCGACACCUGGACACCUCUCACUCCGCCCCAGAGCACGCUGCAGUGAUCGGAUAGCACGGAUAAACCCCCAGCCUUUAGACGCAUGACCCCAUGGAAUGUUCGAUCGAAUUAGAUGUAAUCUCCCUAUGUUAGUAAAGUUAUUAGUAAAGCACGUCAAAUCGCAAUCGCACACAAUGUAGAAUUAUAUAUAUGCUGUAAAACACUCUCCUAUAAAGACGUAAUCGAUGUACACA